UUCAAUCAAGGUGGCAAAACCUCCUGCCUUGCGCAGAACUUUUGGCGGCGAGGCCAGUACGUGACCUUACCGCCAACCGCCUUGAAUUCACGAGCAGUCAGCCAGACGUCAAACAUGCCUUGAGAGGUGUGCUAGUUCGCUUGAGAGCAUCGCUGCACCAGCAGCAAACCCGCGACAGCCUCUUCUCCAUUCGUCCAUGGGUCACGCUGGCCCUUCGAAUCCUGCCCCGCUGCUGCAGCGGCGGCGCGGCAGCGCUACGCCCAUCGCCCAGCCGGCACACCUUCGCAGCCGUGAUGCUGGCGCGCGUCGGCGCGCGCCUGCUACUGCCACCGCCUCCACCCUAUCACAGGCAAGGGCUGUAGCAGCUGCGGCACUGGUGCUGGGUCUCAGCUCUUUCGCCGCGGUCUCCUGGGCGCAACAGCAACAGCCGCAGCAGCAGCAGCAGCAGCCCCAGUUUGACCUGGGUGCGGCGGUGCCGCAGGGAGACAGUACCUACCGCACAGGCAACGGCGGCUUGGGUAUCGGGGCCACCCUGCUGCGGCUGCCCCUCCUGGGUGGCAGUCUCGGCGUUGGCGGUGGCGUCAAUGGCGGUGGCGGCGGUGGCGGCGGUGGCGGCGGUGGCAGUGCCGGUGGCGCCUUGGGCGGUGGCGCCUUGGGCGGUGGCAGCCCUGGCGGCAGCAACAGCGGCAGUCGCUCGGGCGGCGCUGGCCUCGACGCUCUUCUCAGUGGUGGUGGGGCGAGCGCUGGUGUUGGCGCGGCUGCCGGCAGCGGCGGCGGCGGCGCCAGUGCGGCGGCGGGCGGCGGCCUGCUGUCCUGGGCUGGUGUGGAGGGCGCAGUGGAGCAGCUGCGGCAAGAUGCCUCCCUGGCCGCUGACAGUGCGGUAGGCCGCGCCGCGCAGCUCGCCAACAGCACUGCGGCGGCCCUGCAGCGCCUGCGGCAGGACGGCGCAAGCGCCCUGAUGCCCAGCGGCACCGGCGCCGGCGGGCCGGCCGCCUCCGCCGCUGCCGCCGAGCGCCUCUCCCAGUCCGCCGGCGGACAAGGCAGCUCGGGCUCCCUGGCUCCACAGCGCAUCCAGUGGCAGUGGAGCGAGGACCAAUGCGGCAGCUGCCCGCCAGCGGCCCAGCCUGUGUGCUGCCGCCAGCGCGUGACGUACCGUAACGCCUGCAAGGCCGUCGCCUGCCACAACGAGGUGGCGACGUCGUGUGUGCCGGGCCGCUGCGACAACGGCACCGCCACACCUACCAACUCUGCUACGUCCGCCGCGGGUGCCGCCAGCAGCACUUCGACUCCGGCGCCCGGUCAGAGCACCGCGAGCACCGCCGCUGCGCCGCCGCCGCCGCCUGCCAGCAAUGCCAACACCCCUACUCCCAACAACUCUACGGGCAGCGCCUUCACCAGCAGCAGCAACACUGACAGCACCAGUAGCACCCCCGCUCCCGCCCCGGCCUCGGACUCUGGCACGGCAAGCAGCGGCCCUGACCCCGCACCUGCUGCCACUGCUGCCGCCGCAAGUCCAGCACCUGACAACGCACCGGCGACCCCAUCAAGCGACAGCGGCGGCACGUCCCCCACACCAGACAGCUCCAGCUUCCGGUCAGUCGCCUCAGCACCCAGUGGUGCGUCCGCCGCCUCCGGCACUCUCGGCACUCCCAGCACUCCCAGUAGUGCUGCCACAAGCGGCCCCGUCAUUGCAACCUCGACCAGCAGCACGGCCGCUGCUGCUGAUGCCGCUGAUGCCGCCACCACCAACGUUCCAAGCACCCCCAGCACCACCACCGCACCCAGCGCCAGCACCGGCGCCAGUGCCAAUGCGGCCCCCAGUGACAAGGACACCGCGCCCUACACCUACUCCAGCGACCCAAGCGGCGUGUGCGGCUGUGUGGGUGAGCUGGCGGCCGGCGGUCCGCUGUGCUGCGGCGGCCGUGCCUACUCCAACAAGUGCGCGGCGCAGUGCCUUGGCGAGCAGCUGGACACGUGCACAUCAGGCUGGUGUAGGGCCGGCGCGGAGCCUGCCCCGAUGCUGCAGCAGUCCUCCGGAGACGUAGCCAUGCAGCAGCCUGUGCGCGGCGUGUUCAGACCCCUGCUGCCCCUGGUCGAGGCCCUGCCCUCGUUCGCGGCCGCCACAGCCGGCGGCAGCAGCAGCGCCGCUCCGCAGCCCGCGGCGGCGGCGAGCAGCAGUGCAGCACAAACCCAGGCCGCCGACGCAGCCACCACCGACACUGCCCUCGCAGCUGCCGCCCUCCCCGCGCCUGCCUCAGAGCCGCAGCCGCAGCCGCAGCCGCAGCCGCAGCCGCAGCCGCAGCCGGCGGCGGUACCGGCCCCAUCAGCAGCCCCCGGGAGCUGCGACUGUGUGCCGCUGUGGGCGCCUGUGUGCUGCGGCGGCAAGACCUACAUGAACGGCUGCAGCGCCCGCUGCGCCGGCGGCGUCACGGACCUGGGCGCCUGCGUGUCAGGCGUCACGUGCAGCGCCGCCGCUGCCCAUGUGGCACCUGAUGCGGUGGAGGGCGCGGCUGGAGGGUCAGCAGCAGGUGUGGAGGUGGCUGAGGUGCAGACGGGGGCGGGGGCGGCGCUGCUGCCCGUGGUGACGGUUCAGCCUGUAGCGCCCGCCGCGGGCACUUUUGGCGUGCAACAGAAGAAGAGGUAGAGCCGUAGAGGAUAGCCUGGGCGUGGCCCCAAAAGCUGUAGAAAGCCACGGAGGCCAAAUGAAGGCUGCGGGUGUGUCGUGAUACUGAUCCU